CUUAAUCUCUCCCUGAGUCCCUCCGUCACAUCACAUCACCUAUCUAUCUUACACUCCUCCCUCUUCCCCUCCCCAAACCCAAACCAAGCCCAAACCAAAAAAGAAACCACCACCAUGCCCUCUCACCUCAUUCCCCGGUGGAAACCCAAGAGCGAGCGCGCCUUCGAACAGGCCCUCACGCAGUAUCAGGCCGAGGAACGCCGGGGGAGAGACGGGCCAAACAAACCCGCCAGGUCGUGGAUCGGACUGUACUUCGGGGAACGGGAGCGUGGGAUCCCGAUCCCCCAGCGCUGACGCCGCAUGAUGCACGAUGGAGGGGCUGCUGGUGUUAUUACAUCCGGCAUUGGUCCUACUGCCCAGAGUCAGUGUGACGUGUCAGAGUCAGAGUCUGAGUCUGAGCGAGCCAGAUAACAACAACGACCUAUUUAAUAAUAUACUGAUAAAUAGAAGAAGAAGAAGAAUUUCCUUAAAAAAAAUCCGAAUUAAAGCUAACUUAUGUAAGACAGCAAUCUUGAAUCUAGGGGAGUUGUUGCCACUGAGCCAAAAGGCUAACAUUACCCGCAGUUACUACCUGCGGACCCCUAGAAUGCCAUUAUCCCACAUAUAUACUCAAGUACACCCGGGAGGAGGUGGGCUUUACCCUUGUAAGUAUGCAUAUCCGGAUCGCGCGGAUAUCAUCCCUUACAACUUACUUCUAGAGCUAUAUUAGAUAUACAAAACUAUUCUAUAUUUGAUACUUCUUUAAUAACAAUAAAAU